UCUGACAGACACGCAUUCCAACCCCGUCCUGUAGGAUUCAGGGUGGGUUGUUCCCUUCCCUCCGACAGCUGUUUUUCCAUCUAGUGUAGUUGGAACAGGAAAACCUGAGGUAUCUCCCACCUCUACACUAACACAUGGGAUCUGAAUGAGUCCGUCCGUGUGUGUUGCUUCACAGCAGUCUGUUUGGGAUCGUCUGGUCACUCAGUCUGGACAUCAGUUCCUACCUGGUCCACAGACAGGCUAAUAGUUGAUCCUUUAACUGAGGAGUGAAAAGACAGAGCCUAGCCGAGUCCCGGAGACCACAGGUUGCCCUGCCAUCUCCCUGUUACCACCUCCAGCAAGGCAUCGGCCAUGGCUAAAGGCUUCUACAUCAGUAAGAACAUGGGGCUAGCAGGUCUUCUGAUGGGGGCUGUAGCAGUGGUCAUUAUCAUAGCCCUGGCAGCAGUCUACGAUAAAGAAAAGACCAAGAACCAGAAUAAACCUGUGGAUGGUGUGGCCAUGUUGACCACUGCCUCUCCAACCACCUCCUCCACCCUCUCCACUCCUAAAGACCCCUGGGAACACUACAGACUGCCUGACUCCCUGUCUCCUGUCUCAUACAACAUCACCCUCUGGCCUCGACUGGUUGUCAACGCCUCUACUGGCCUCUACAUCUUCACAGGACAGUCAGCUGUGGUGUUCCAGUGUAAGAAGGACACAGAUCUGAUUGUCAUCCACUGUAACAAGCUGAACCUGACUCUGCUCAACGGCCACCAUGCUAGACUGACUGGCCUGGAUGGAGCGACUGCUCCCACCGUAAAGACUAGCUGGCUGCAGGUGAAGACGGAGUACCUGGUCAUUCAGCUGAAUGGGAAGCUAACUGCUGGGAAGUCCUAUAGACUUUCCACAGACUUCCAGGGAGAGCUGGCUGAUGACCUGAAAGGAUUCUAUAGGAGUGAAUAUACAGAAGAUGGUGGUAAAAAAGUUGUAGCCACGUCUCAGAUGCAGGCUACGUUCGCCAGGAAAGCCUUCCCCUGUUUUGAUGAACCUGCCAUGAAGGCCGUCUUCCACAUAACGCUCAUCCACCAACGAGGAACUGUAGCUCUGUCCAACGGCCGGGACGUUGAGACCGUCAACAGCACCAUAGACGGCACUGAAGUCACCAUGACCAGAUUUGAGCCCACUAAAAGAAUGUCAACAUACCUCCUGGCAUUUAUCGUCAGUGACUUCGAUCAUAUCACUGGAUCGAUAGAGAACAACAAUGUUUUGGUCCGUAUCUGGGCUCGGAGGAAAGCUAUAGCUGAGGGACACGGAAACUAUGCUCUCAAUGUUACAGGACCAAUGCUCAAUUUUUUUGAACGAUACUACAAUGCCAGCUACCCACUGUCCAAGUCAGACCAGAUAGCUCUGCCUGACUUCAAUGCUGGAGCCAUGGAGAACUGGGGUCUGAUCACCUACAGAGAGACAGCCCUCCUGUACGAUCCAGCCAUCUCCUCUGUUGGAAACAAAGAGAGAGUCUUGACUGUGGUGGCUCACGAACUGGCUCAUAUGUGGUUUGGGAACCUGGUGACUCUGAGAUGGUGGAAUGACCUAUGGCUGAACGAGGGCUUUGCCAGCUACGUGGAGUAUCUAGGAGCUGACUACGCUGAACCCACGUGGAACAUCAAAGAGCAGACCAUCCUGAAUGAUGUCCACAAGGUGUUUGCUGUGGACGCCCUGGCCUCAUCUCAUCCUCUGUCCCGGAAAGAGGAGGAAGUCAACCAGCCUGACGAGAUCAGUGAGAUGUUCAACACCAUCUCCUACAGCAAGGGUGCUGCAGUUCUGAGGAUGCUUUCUGAGUUCCUGACAGAGCCGGUCUUCGCCAGAGGACUUAGUUCAUACCUGAAUGAGUUUGCCUUCAACAACACAGUGUAUUCAGAUCUCUGGGAUCAUCUUCAGAAAGCAGUCCUCACCACUCCAGGGAUGAGUCUACCUCACACAGUGCAUGACAUCAUGAACCGCUGGAUCCUUCAGAUGGGCUUCCCAGUGGUUACCAUAGAUACGGCCACGGGACACAUUACCCAGAAGCACUUCCUCCUGGACCCUGACUCUGUAGUGGACAGACCCUCUCCAUACAAUUACACCUGGUUGGUCCCCAUCAAAUGGAUGAAGGGAGGAGUUGAGAGAGAGCAACACUGGCUUCUUCAGGAAACAGACAGACACCCCCCCAUGACAACAGCAGGAUCUGAGUGGGUUCUGGCCAACCUCAAUGUGUCUGGCUAUUACAGGGUUAACUACGACAUGGACAACUGGGAACGACUCCUCAACCAGCUCACCACAGACCACACGGUCAUUCCUUUAAUUAACAGAGCUCAAAUAGUGGAUGAUGCCUUCAAUCUGGCCAGGGCCAAGGUGAUCAACACGACAUUAGCUCUGAGGACCACCAGGUACCUGUCUCAGGAGAGAGACUCCGUCCCCUGGGAGUCAGUUCUUAUAUUAUAUAUUACCAGGUACCUGUCUCAGGAGAGAGACUACAUCCCCUGGGAGUCAGCUCUCAGGAAUCUCAACUACUAUAUCCUCAUGUUCGACCGUGGACAGGCAUACGGGGUGCUACAGGGUUACCUGAAGAUGCAGAUCACCCCCCUGUUUGAGUACUUCAGGACCAUAACGGUUGAUUGGACCAGAGUCCCCACUGGACACAACGACCAAUACAACCAGAUCAAUAUUACCAUAAUGUGUAGUGAGCCGUUCCACAGCCCUGUCCCUCUUGUCUCUCCUAUCUCUCAGAUACAACCAGAUCAAUAUUACCAUAAUGUGUAGUGAGCUGUUCCACAGCCCUGUCCCUCUUGUCUCUCCUAUCUCUCAGAUACAACCAGAUCAAUAUUACCAUAAUGUGUAGUGAGCUGUUCCACAGCCCUGUCCCUCUUGUCUCUCCUAUCUCUCAGAUACAACCAGAUCAAUAUUACCAUAAUGUGUAGUGAGCUGUUCCACAGCCCUGUCCCUCUUGUCUCUCCUAUCUCUCAGAUACAACCAGAUCAAUAUUACCAUAAUGUGUAGUGAGCUGUUCCACAGCCCUGUCCCUCUUGUCUCUCCUAUCUCUCAGAUACAACCAGAUCAAUAUUACCAUAAUGUGUAGUGAGCUGUUCCACAGCCCUGUCCCUCUUGUCUCUCCUAUCUCUCAGAUACAACCAGAUCAAUAUUACCAUAAUGUGUAGUGAGCCGUUCCACAGCCCUGCUCCUCUUGUCUCUCCUAUCUCUCAGAUACAACCAGAUCAAUAUUACCAUAAUGUGUAGUGAGCUGUUCCACAGCCCUGUCCCUCUUGUCUCUCCUAUCUCUCAGAUACAAUCAGAUCAAUAUUACCAUAAUGUGUAGUGAGCUGUUCCACAGCCCUGUCCCUCUUGUCUCUCCUAUCUCUCAGAUACAACCAGAUCAAUAUUACCAUAAUGUGUAGUGAGCCGUUCCACAGCCCUGCUCCUCUUGUCUCUCCUAUCUCUCAGAUACAACCAGAUCAAUAUUACCAUAAUGUGUAGUGAGCUGUUCCACAGCCCUGUCCCUCUUGUCUCCUAUCUCUCAGAUACAACCAGAUCAAUAUUACCAUAAUGUGUAGUGAGCUGUUCCACAGCCCUGUCCCUCUUGUCUCUCCUAUCUCUCAGAUACAACCAGAUCAAUAUUACCAUAAUGUGUAGUGAGCCGUUUCACAGCCCUGUCCCUCUUGUCUCUCCUAUCUCUCAGAUACAACCAGAUCAAUAUUACCAUAAUGUGUAGUGAGCCGUUUCACAGCCCUGUCCCUCUUGUCUCUCCUAUCUCUCAGAUACAACCAGAUCAAUAUUACCAUAAUGUGUAGUGAGCCGUUCCACAGCCCUGUCCCUCUUGUCUCUCCUAUCUCUCAGAUACAACCAGAUCAAUAUUACCAUAAUGUGUAGUGAGCUGUUCCACAGCCCUGUCCCUCUUGUCUCUCCUAUCUCUCAGAUACAACCAGAUCAAUAUUACCAUAAUGUGUAGUGAGCCGUUCCACAGCCCUGUCCCUCUUGUCUCUCCUAUC